AUGCCUGUUAUCGUACGUGAUAUUAAUUGGGAAGAAACAGAUGCAAAUUUAGUUUUACACAUUCCAAUGAAAGGUGCAAAAGCAAAUAAACUAGAUGUUUCAUUUCCACCAUUUUUCUAUGAAGUUUUUCUUUAUGAUCUUAUUGAUGACGAUAAAAGUAAAAUAAUAGUACAAAAUGGUUUUGUUGAAGUUACAUUAACAAAACAAAUACCUAGAAAAUGGAAUCAACUUGCACAUGUUCAAUCAGAUGAUAAAGAACUAAUGAAAAAUCUUCGAGAAGAAGCAUUAAAUCAAAUUGCUCUUAAACAAAAACAACGUAUUGAAGCAAAUUCAUCAUUAUUAAAUACAAAUAAACGUGAAGCAGUUCGAGAACAAAUGAAGCUUGAUGAAGUUGAACGUAGUCGAAUUGAUAUGAUUAAAAAAAAUGAACGUGAUAAAGCUAGUGAAGAAAUGAAACAGUUUGAAGAAAAUCAAAAAAUUCAACGACAGUUAGCAAUCCAUAAUCAUAUUAAAUCAAAUGAAACUCAAUCACAUGAAACAAUCCAAGAGAACGAAAAGAAAAAACCAAUUUUUGAAGAAAAUACUUCAACAAAUUCAUUACCCGAAUCAAAGGUCAAUGCACCACUUAGAGAAACAGGUCGUAUUGCUGUCAAUUUUACAUCACGUGUUUUUCCUACACCACUUCGUGAAUCUCAAACAGACAUUGAAGAACAGUGGUUGAGACAACAAAUGGAAAGUCGUCAAGCUAGUACAGAUCUUCAACUUGAUCUAUCUGAUAAUGAAAAAGAUAUUGAUUAUCUAAAGUCAAAAGCGAAUCAAUUUUUUCAACAAGGUAAUUUUCAAUCAGCUAUUGGCGUUUAUAAUCAUGCUAUUCGAGUUUUUCCUAAAAUGGCCAUAUUAUAUUUGAAUCGUGGUGCAUGCCAUUUUCAAGUACGAAAUAUGAUGAAAUGUGUAGAAGAUUGUUCUCGAGCACUCGAACUACUUGAUCCACCUGUACUAGAUAAUUUGAUACAACGUAUAAAAGCACAUGUUCGUCGUGGUACUGCUUUUUGUGAAUUAGAACUUUAUGCUGAAGGACUUCUCGAUUAUGAAGCGGCUCUGAAAUUAUCGCCUGAUGAUGAAAAAAUCAAAGAAGAUGCUCAACGUAUUCGAAACUUUCUUGAAAGGAAUCAAGAUUUUUCCUAG